GAAGCGGUGAUUAUCUCGUCGAGAACUUCCUCUAACCGGAUGUUUGAAAAUGUAUUUGUUUUGUCUAUACAAUAAUCCGAUAUUGCUGAUGAAAUGACCCGUUCUUUCGGAUCUCGAAACAGUAAAUUUGAUAAUGCAAUUACCAAAUAGUCGUAACAGACGCUCAAAGUUGCAUUGCGCGUGACUUUAUUCAUGUUUACGGUUUACAAUGUGAUUUCCACAGCCUUGUUUAUACAUGACCCGAUCAUCAUUGAACCGUGCACGAUGAUGCAGCUGCAUACAUUCAUUACAUUGUUUAUUCACAUGACCUGGCGCAGAGCUUAGUGACCAUUUCGGGCCAGUCAUGUUGGUAUGGAUACUGUAUGAAUGAAUAAGUGUUCAAAGAAACGUUACUCUUCAAGUGAUGCCAUUUUGAUUGGCAGAAGAAGGAAACUCCACACGUUUAUAAUCAUUUAAAAAUGGAUUUAAAUGAGUCCCUGUUCAGUCGAUUGAACAAGAAGCCAUCUCGGCCUGUAUUGAGUCGCAGCUUAUCAGACAGUGGUCCAGAGGAGGCAAGAGAUGCAGAUGCCGAAUCCUCAGAGUCUGGCACACCUCAUGGUGCAUCAUAUGACUCCUUACUCAUCCCAGAAACACCAAGCCCAGUGUUUAAGCGUUGUAAGAACAAGAGGGAGCGAGAGGUUCACCCCAGCUUAGAAGAGGACUCUGACUCUAAAAGAUCCCGGGCAAUGCAGAAGAAUCUUGAUCGCUUCAUCUCACCCUACAAACCUGCUGAUAUUAAGAACAGAGAGCGGAAAGAGGCUUUUGAGAAACUGCGGGUCGCACGAGAGAAACGGCUGGCGAAAAUUGAAUCUGAUUCUGACCGUGAAGAUAAAAACCCACCACAGUCUCCGACAAACGGUUACAAAUAUGCACACUUUGGAACUGGAUACCUUGGCUGGCCAUCAGAGUCAGAGUCUGAAAGUGAUGAUGAUAGUAUUCCUCUGCGUGCAGUUUUACAUGACAAGAAAGUUAUGAAAUCUUCAUCAGAAGUAGCUAUAGACACCAUCAGUGAUAGACUUAAAAUAAGAAAUAACCUUGUCAAAAACCCAUCUGUGGGCAGGCAGAUGAAGGAAGCUGUUCCAAGCCAUUCUGUUGCUGCAGUUAUAGGUCCCGAUGCCAGUUAUGUCUCAGAGGUCCAGGUGAAGACUGAGGUAAUGUCUGAGGAUAAGGGGCCGCCCAGUAAAACCAGUGUGACCGAGUUUGUGAGUCCUAAGCCAGAAGGUCACCAGACACUUGACACAAAUGCCACCGAAAAAUUUGACGACCUAGUGUGCGAAGAUAUCAAGCAGAAUAGGGUCAGGGAAAACAGGGAUUGUGAAGUCAGUGAAGAUGCAACGCUCAAGCAGCUGGCUUUAACUAGACGAAGGAAUUUGUUUCCCAAAAAGGAUGGCAAGAAAAUUCGACCAUCUUUGUUUGAUAGUUGUAACGAACCAGCCAGUAGUAUAAACCUUCAAAGAUCUCAGUCGGAGCAUCGGGUUCAAGGAGAACAAGAGCCUCGUCCGUCAUGCCGCUUUGCAAGGAAUAAUUCGUUCCGUUCACCCACUUCCUUGUUGAAUGAUUCUCUGGGUUCAUCAAACAAUGACAGUGUGAUAAUGUGUACUCCACCAGUACACAGGGGAGAUAACUCUGCUCCCAGGACAAUCAGCAUAUCCGAGUCUUCCUUUCUCAAUCAGCUGCCACCUGGGGGACCGAAGCCAUCCAAUGUUGACAGGGUUGAUAACUCUGGGAAUGCUAGGAAGAACUGUUGUUAUAACACCAAUCUUACCUUCAAUAGACCUGAGAACAAUGUGUAUAGGACCAGUGCUGAAUUUGCCACUCCAUCUCAAACACUACAUGUGAACAAUACAAAACCAAACAACAUUAUUCACAGUAUUGAUCUCACACGGUCAGACAGUCCUACUUUUUGUUCCCCCCAGAGCCGUGUGAAUGGAAUGCAUAAUAACUGUCGUUUUCAGACUCCUACGCAUGACGUUGCAAGGCGGGAGACUGUUCAUAUAGAACCGACCCACCCAAUAUCUGUUGAUGUUGGAAGACCUGAGAGGUCGCCAUCUCCUGAUAUUAUCCCUCUGGGAGUAUUCAACCUUGCAGUUAAUCGGCGGCCCGAGUUUGAUCUGUCAAUCACUCCCCAGCCAAUGAGGAACCGGACUGGCAGCCGACGACAUGCCCGGGCAUCAGGGCUGAGACGAAACAGGAUUGGAAAUAUUAAUAAUAGUGCAGCUCUGGAUGACGGUAUCUCUCCAACGACGACUCGGUUGAUGUCAGAGGUGUCAGUCAGCAAUGACGCAGACGAGGCUGUGAGUUUAGUGAGACAGAUGGAAGAUGAUGAACAGUACGCUCGCAGGUUGCAGGAAGAGAUGGACAAGGAAUUUGCAAUGUCCCUCCAUCAGGCAGAUGCAGGAUUUGCUCAGUCAGACCAUGCAGGGGCAUUUGGAGCAGAGGAGGCAGCAUGUCCGCCAGCACUCUCCCCAACAUUCCUACAGUAUUGUCGUAGUCCUGUUCGUCGCCGUGGUUACAACAGCAACCGACAGCCUGUCAUCCGAAGACGUAGAGGAGCUGCUGCAGCAGAGCCGGAGGAAGUGUCUUAUGAGGAACUUGUUGUAGAUGGGCCAGGAUUUGAGCAUCCUAUGUUCCAGCAUGGUGCUCGACGCUUUCCUCCUGGGUCUGACCACCCUCUAGCUCUGAUGGAAGCACACAUCCUGGCUCUUCUAGACAACUCCCCCGUCACUCGCCGUGGACGAAGGAGGGGAAACAAUGGUGGCCGCUUCCUCCGGAAUCUACACAGCCCUGUUGGGGAUGGGAAUGACUAUGAGGAGCUCCUGGAGUUAGCAGAGUCUCUGGGUGAAGUGAAGCAGAAGGGCAUGACAAAGUCCGAGUUGAACCGUCUCCCUAUACGCAAGUUCAAGAGCAGCGACAGCAGCGGGAACGACACCUCAGACUGCCUCAUUUGCAUGUGUGACUACCAGGAGGGGGACAGUCUACGCAUACUGCCAUGUUGCCAUGAGUUUCACCAACCCUGUAUAGAUAAGUGGCUUAAGAACACUGCCACCUGUCCGAUUUGUCGUGUGGAUGUGAAAAACAGCAGCUGAGGCAGGAAAUAUUUAGUCUUGUAGAAUAGAUGCAGUUGACUGUUAGCUGUUGUCCUGAUGCGAUGAGGAACCCUUGAUGCUUGUUGCUACAAGUGGUAGUAGAUGAUGCUGUCUGUAGGAUGGAAUGAAUCUGUUGGUGUUGGAUGUGCUUUAGUAUGCAAUUCUGUUUUAUCCAAUGUGAAAAUAACCUUAAAGAGUAUUUAUUUAAUCUACCCUCAUUCGAACAAAUAACCUGUCUCUCUGUCACUCAUAUUUCUGUAGACAAGUCUUUUGCAUAUAUAGACACAUGAAACCAUUUAACAUAUAGGCCAUAAAAAAAUAUUUCUCCUCAAGAGCUUAAAAAAGACCAGGUCACUAGUUUUGUCGUUUGUAUCUUUAGUCAAUAAUUUUGACAAACUUGCUAGCAACCCUGAUGCCACAGUUUAAGUAAGGGAAGAUAACUCUUUCUCAUCAUACACCCAUUCUGGACAUUCUAGACAAAUGAAAACCAGGAACUUUUAUGUACUAAAGAAAAACUUACAGAAGUCUUGAAAAAUGAAUUCUAUAUUACCCACAUGAUGAGAAAUAUUUUCUUUUUCUUUUUUUCAUGGCCUAACAUUGAGAACUAACAUCAGCAAUGCUGAUCAACACACACAUAUGGCUCAUUGUCAUACAGCAUGUGCUCCGUGUAUGUCCUCAAGCAGUUCACUGGACUCCUAAUCAGGACCUGAAUGCAGGUAAAGGAUGAUUGAUGAACAGUCUGUAUGGUGUAUCCAUUGCUUGGCUUCACUUGAGAAUUACACAAACAACAUGGCGCUUUCCCUACACCAAUACAAGUGCACACAGACUGCCAUGGUCUAGUGGAUAGAGCAUCUGCCUGGAGAGUUAAGGGUUGGUGGUUCAAUCCAUGGCCGUGUCACACUAAAGAAUGUUAAAAGAUGGUACUUGUUGUUACCCUGCCUGGCAGUCGGCAUGAAAGGGAUAAAAGAACUGGUUGGCUCUGAGUCAUUAUAUUGUGUGUGAGUGGGGUAUCCAUGUGGGUUAGCACUAUAGAACACACACACACACACACACACAGAGUAUUCUUUAACGCAUUGGGUACACACAACAUGCAGUAUUAUAAGACAUACACACACACACACACACACACACACACACACACACACACACACACACACACACACACACAGAGUAUUCUUUAAGGCAUUGGGUACACAUAACAUGCAGUAUUAUAAGACACAUAUGACAUCUCUCAUGAAAUGUGGGAAGUGGGGUCACUUAUUGGGCACAGUUUCAACUCAUCAAACCUCAAGCUGGGGUUUGACUUCACACAUGGGUACAAUGUGUCAAUGCCAUUCUUGGUGUCACUUGUCAGAAUGUGGCUAAAAGUGGCUUCCUUCAUCCCACGCUGUGAUGUAACUGGAAUAAUGCUAAAAUCGGCAAAAAACCCUACUCACUCCCAAGAUCUAGCCCAGUGGUCUGUAUGUACACUGGUCAAGCAGAAGAAUCAGGUUCUAGUCCCUGAAUGGGUACAUUUUUGUUGUCUACUGUUGGUGUCCCGACCCCACCAACUCCUUUUGUGUGGCGUCUCCCUACUAUUUCUGUCUCCUGACCCUACCACAUGUACAUGUGACACACGACUCUCUUUACAUGGCUCUUCUAUACCUCUGUUCUGCAGUGGAGUGUUCUCCGAGGUUUCAUCACAGCGUGGUCAUUCAUGUCUGUGCCCCCUUUAAUUUUACACUAUUUAUGAUAUUGUUAUAAUUGUUUGAUUAAAGAUGGUUUAACUUCAACAGAAAUUUGUUUCUUUGCGAGAGAUGUGAAAAUAUUGAAAACAUGUAUAAAUAUGCUGAUAUGCUGACAUGUGAUAAAGAUAUGACAAUAUCAAGCACAAAUAUCAGGCAUCACAAUGUGAAUGACGGCUUAAUGAUCAUGUUGAGUGAGUGCUCACCAGUUGUUCUACAUCAUGAUGCAACUGUCACUGUCCGCCAUCACCUGAAACAAACAAACAAACAGGAAACUGCAAGAAAGAAAAUAAACGUAAAACAUUUCCCAUAAAGCCUUAUGUUUUUUUAAGUUGGCUUAUAGAUCUGCUGACCUUAAGAAUUGAAAAUUGUAUUCCACAAACAGUAAUCAUUGAUUUGAGUAUGUUGACUUCUCUUUGAACUGUCCGAGAGCUUGAGCUUACCUGGAGAAAUCUGUAAACCAAAACAUGAAAUAGUUUGGCCGUAUCAACUGAGGUGGAAAUAAUAAAUUGGUAAUAGUUUCUUGGCAUUUGGCUAAAGAAGCAAUUGUUUUUGUAAGGAUAAGAAUUUAUGGAUGCCUACACAGAAACAUCGCUCUCAGUUGUAAUAAAGAAGUUGUUCAUCCAUAAAUUCUUAUCCUUACUUAGUACUCCAACUUCUAAAUGGAAAUCAAAGAAGUUAAUUGUUUUUUUGUGUUUAUGUGGACUUGCACAGUGUUCCUUCAUAAUAUGCGAUAAAAAAAAAGAUUGAAGUCAAUUCUCAAACAAAGUUGUUGGUACCCAAAGACAAUCUUCCGACCAUCUCACAUGUCCCCAGUACCUUGUGCUGGUAUUAAGAGCUGAUGAAGAUGGAGAGUAGGUUGUCAGGCACUGAGACUUGGCUCAUGGUGUGGAUUAUUUACAGACUGUGUGAUAUGGUUGGAAUAUUGCUGGUGUUAAACAUCAUUUUCUCACCUCAACAAGGUAUGUCAAGACAUCUUUGUUUAACAUCAUGAUCGAACGUAUCAGUUAUAUUGCUUCAGGGUCGGAAAAUCAGAGUCUCUUGGAAGUGAAGACUGUUCUC